GGUUUCUUAGCAACGGCUUAAACCCCAAACAGUCCUCUCUGGCCUCGGUGCGGCUCCGUGCGCGCUUCGCCCCCAGCACCAGUUGACCCUGACGCCCAUGGAAGAAGAGGAGGAGGAUGGGGAAGCAGCGGCGAGAACCGGGGCAGCGGGAGGCGGCGGCGGCGGCGGCGCCUGCUACUCUGGAGAGCUUUGCCUCAUGGACAAGGCCAUUGGCAGUCUGCUGGAAGUAUCUUUAAGUUCAAAACUUCAUACCAUCAACCUUCAUUGCAAUAAUAUCUCCAAGAUUGAAGGCCUCUCUCAUGUUUUAAAUUUACGGCAUUUAGAUCUAUCAUCUAAUCAAAUAAGUCAGAUUGAAGGACUCAACACACUGGCAAAUUUAUGUACUUUAAACUUGGCCUGCAAUUUCAUCACAAAAGUGGAAGGACUUGAAAAGUUAUUGAAUCUAACUAGACUGAAUUUAUCUUAUAAUCAUAUACACGAUCUUCAAGGUUUUUUAUACCUUCGUGGAACUAGACAUAAAAUUAGUCACAUUGACUUGCAUAGCAAUUAUAUAAGUAGUAUUCAUCACUUACUCCAAUGCAUGGUAGGAUUACAUUUCUUGACUAAUCUUACUUUGGAGAAAAAUGGAAAAAAUAAUCCAAUCUGUGACCAACCAGGUUACAGAGGGAUCAUUCUCCAGACCUUGCCCCAGCUAACAGUCCUAGAUGGGAUGAAUAUAUUUGGUGAACCAGUAUAUAUGGUAGAAGGAAAUCCAUCAGAUCUACAAUGUUUAGAAGAUCUUUUGGAUAAUCUAGUUUAUUCUGAUUCACAGCUAGAUAAAGAGGAGAACUCUGGUAACUUACCAGGAAUCAUAAACUGCAUCAAUCAGGAAAUGCCCCAGGAUCAAAAGCCUGCAAGUACGCCAACAAAAAAUACAUUCUGUCCUUCUGUAGAAGUUACUUCAUCUGAGCCAGAACGAAAUAAGCUUGGUGAAAAUAAUUUGAACAGUGAGAUGAGAAUAAAAAAAUUAGAAGAUCAGAUUUCACAACUCCUUAAUAAUGCAUCUAAUUCUCCCCCAAAUCAUACGUCUUUGAAAGUUGUCAAACCAAAAAGAGAAACAACUAUGACUUCUGAAAGUGAUUAUGAAAGUGGAAAAGAAAAUCAUAAGAAAAUGCCUAGAAGAACAAAAAUCCCUUAUUAUAGCAAAGCUAUACAGACUUCUAAGCACCAUAACAAAAGCAAAUUUUCCGACAGUGGCACAGAGCAGAGUUGCACUAAGAAAUCAAAAAAUCCCUCCACUAAGAAUUUGUCUUUAAGAUCAACUUCAAGAAACUCAGAUUUAAAGAUGGAAAGAUCAACAGGAAAUCUGGUAUCACAAAGUACUCAAACAAAUAAAAUAGAAAAUAAAAGUUUAAGGUUCACAGAAGAUUCUACAUACAGGACACUUGUGCAGAAACUAGAUGAAGAGAGGGAGAAGAGAUGGAAAGCUGAACAAGCUGAGAAGAAACUUGCAGAUCAUAUUAAAGAAUUACAGAAACAAAUGGAAGAAGAAAAGGAUAUUCAUAGUAUGGCCUUGUUUACCACAGAUAGAUUAAAAGAAUUGAUUUUGAAAGAGAGAAAUGCUAAAGUAAAGCUCCAAAACAUUGUCCAUAAGUUUAAAAAUGAAAUUGAGAAACUCAAUAAUGAAUUAAAUCAAUCAAAAAAUAAAGAAGAGGAACAAAAUAGAGUUUUGCGAACUUUGGAACAAACUUUGACAAAAAUAGAGAAACAGAAAGUUCAGCAGCAGGUUGCAGAGGUGAAGCGAGUUCAAGAGAUAGAACUCAAAGCUUCAGCUGCUGAGAGAGAAAUACAGCUGCUUAGAGCAUCCCUUCAUCAACAGAAAGAAAAGGUACAGCAACUUCAUGAACUUUUGGCAAUGAAAGAACAGGAACAUAGGAAAGAACUUGAAACAAGAGUAACUUUGAAUGGCUCUGAUUUCCAGGAAGCUUUGGCAAAAGAAAUAGGAAAAGAAGAAAAGAAGCAUGAAGAACGAGUGAAAGAAUUUCAGGAGAAAAUUAAUAUAUUAAACCAACAAUAUUUAGAACUAGAAGAUGAAUUCCGUAUGGCUUUAACUAUUGAAGCCAAAAGAUUUAAAGAAGUUAAAGAUGGCUUUGAAAAUAUUUCAGCUGAAUUAGCAAAGAAAAAAAAUGCCCUGGCCCGAGCUCAACAAAAGGAAAAUGAAUCAUCUAUUUUAAUUCAAGAUCUGACCUCAUUGGUAAAAGAACAGAAAGCAAGAAUUGCAGAAGUUUCCAAAUCAAAAUUGGAAACAACAAAUUUAAAGAAUCGAAUUCAUACCCUUGAAACCAUGAUUGAAGAGGACAAGCAAAAGAGUGUUCAAAUAGAACUUCUCAAGCAGGAAAAAUCACAGCUUACUUCUCAACUAACAGCCCAGGAAUCAAUACUUGAUGGUUUAAGAGCAGAAAGAAAACUAUGGGGACAGGAGCUGGCACAGCAGGGAGCAUCGCUAGCCCAAAACUGUGGGAAACUGGAGGCAAAAAUUGAAGUUUUAACUACAGAGAAUGAAUCUCUUCGGAAGCUAAGUGAAUGUGACAGUGAUUCUUUAAAAAUUAAGGUCAAAAUUAUAGAAGACCAAACUGAAACCAUUAGAAAAUUGAAAGAAAACUUACAGGAAAGAGAUGACAUUAUUAGAAAGUUACGAGAAGAAAUCAUUGAAAUACAUAAAAAUACUCAAGAACAGCUUGAUGAAAAAGCUGCACAAGUUGAAGAGCUAAUGGAGAAACUGGAGCAGCAGUGUGAGAGAAAAGAGGAUCUAAAACAACAGUUGAAAGAAAAGGAAGCAGAACUUGAGGAAAUUGAGAAAGCCUACAGUGCAAUUAAUAAGAAGUGGCAAGAUAAAGGAGAACUAUUAAGUGGUCUUGAGAUACAAGUUAAACAAAUGAAAGAGAAAUUUGAAACCAAAGAAAAGAAACUCAUUGAAGAAAGAGACAAAAGUCUUCAAAAUCAAAAGGCUACAAUGGAAAGGCUUCAUUCUAUGGAUGAUAGUUUUAGAAAGCAACUUGAAUCAAUGGUUGCAGCCCAUCAGGCAGAACUUCUUCAGCUGACAAAUGAAAAACAAAAGCAAAUUGAUGCUGUAAAUAGAAAGGUUUCCCAGGUUGAAGAUGAGAUGCGUCAACUUCUGCAUGAAACAGCACGAAACAAAAAGGCUAUGGAGGAAAAAAUAAAGCGACUUACUUUUGCUUUAAAUGAUAUUCAGCAAGAAUUUUGAUGGUCCUGAGAUUUCAUCAAGUUGAAAGGGUCUUGUAAAUCUAAUAUAGAUCAUAUUAUCAGCAAUCAAAUAUUCUAGCUGCUGUGCCUUUAAAAUCUCUUUCUAUAUAUUCCAAUAUGAAUAUAUUUUAAAGCCUUUUUUGAUCAAGUAUUUACUAAAUAUAUGUAUAGUUUUGUUAAAUUAUUUAUACUUAUAUGUCAAAGAAUGUAUUGUCAAAAUAAACAGAAGGCACUUUUGUCUUGUUUCUUUUAGUAGAAGUUGUUUCCAAAUAUAUGUACUAUUUUUAAAACAAGAUUUUUUUAGUUUUUCUAUACGAGAAAAGACAUAAGUAAACCCAAAAUAUUUUUUAACCAUUACUACCACCCUCAUGAUAACUGUUAAGACUAUACUAAUGGACAGGCAGGUUGAUGUUUUUAGCAAAAUACUUAAAGUAGCUGAAAAACAUUUUACUGACUAAGGUCAGUCAAUCAGUACUGAUUUAGUUCUUGUACUACAUGCAGGCACAGUGCGAGGUGCUAGGACUAUGAAAACAAAGGUGAAACAAUUUCCUUGAGAAGCUUACAAUUUAGUGGAGGAUGUGGGAAAGUUAAUAACAUGUACUUAGAUCUCUAAAUAUAUAGACAGUAAAUAAAAGGUAACUGGCAUGAGGAAGGCACUAGCAGUUGAGAUUGGGACAGGUUUCAUAUUGGGACAGGAUAAUACUGAGUUGAGCCUUGAAGAACACUAGGCAUUCUACAAGACAAGGUGAGAAGUAAAGAGAUUCGAGACACAGAGUAAAGUCACAGAAAUUGGAGAUGGGAAUUUGCCUUCUAAAGAACAGUGAGAUCAUCAGUUUGUCUGGAAUGGAGUCUUCCUGAAUCUAAAAUAAGAUUGAAAAGGUAAAUCAGGGUCAGGUAAUUAAGGACUCUAAAUGCUAACCAGAAGGUUCUGAUCUUGACCUUAGAAGUAAUAAGUGAGCCUCUGGGAUCUUUUGAUUGGGCAUGAUGAGACUUGCACUUGAAAACCUCUGGCAACUAUAGGAAGGUUGAAUUGCAGUGAGGAGAAAUUUUAGGUAAUCAUAUCAUUUAGAAGUCUUAUUCCAAUAAUCUAGAUGAGAUGUUGAGGGCCAGAGAUAGGGUGAUAACCAUGUGAGUUAAAAAAAAAAAAAAAGACAACAAGGAGAUAUUGUAGAAGUAAUGAUAGGAUGUGUGUAUGUAUCUUCACACCAUCAAAAUCCCCAUUUUACAGAUAAGGAAAUUGGGGCAGGCAGAUACAGUGGCUUCCCCAAGGUUAUAGCCAGUAAGUGUCUGAGGAUGGAUUUGAAUGAUAGGAUUUUGUCAUUUCUGACAAACAACUGGAUAUGUUGGAUGAAUGAAGAUGAUCUAUUAGAAUUUUGGUACCUUCACAAAAGGAAUAGGGGAGUUUCCAAGAUAGGUAGAUUUGGGGACAAAAGAUAAGGAGUAUUGUUUUAGCCAAUUUAAAUGUGAGAUGUCAUAAUACCUAUUUGAAAUGUCCAAGAACG